CGAGAACCCGGAAGGGGAGGCUGGAGAGGAGCGAGUGGGGGAAACCCGCGUAGCCGAGGGAGAUGCAGCGCGCGGCGAUGGUGGCAUGUGGAGCCUCCCACCACCACCUGGGUCCUGAGAUGCGGUGAAGCCCAGCCUGUCUGCCAUCAUCCCCCAGCAUGGACCGCGGAAGCCUCCUGCCCUUCCAGCUAUGGUGUCCCCGGCCCUUUGGCACCUACUCACAGAACCAGCCGCGCCCGCCUUCUGCGGCCCUCAAGCCAUCAGCCUGCCCUGAGCCUGGUGGCGGGGCCGAGCCAGAUCAUGGGCCUGCCCACUCAGAGAACACACCACCCGCCUUGGCCACCGAGGUCCCUGCCUCCCAGCCCGCUCCACUCCUCUCAGCAGCAGCUGCUGGUGAUGAGGGUCGAGUCCUCCUGGACACGUGGUAUGUCAUCAAGCCCGGGAAUACAAAGGAGAAGGUGGCCUUCUUUGUGGCCCACCAGUGUGGUGGGGGCAGCCGGGCCAGCUCCAUGAAGGUCAAGGGACACUGGGGCAGCGAUAGCUCCAAGGCCAAGCGGCGGAGGCGCUGUCUUGACCCCACCAAGGCUCCUCCUGACCCAGGGGGCCGGGAGGGCCCCCCUGCUACUGAGGAGGGCCCUGCCUCAGCUGGUGAGGACGUGGACCUGCUCUCUGUGGCCGAGAUGGUGGCCCUGGUGGAACAGCGGGCAGCCCUGGCCCUGCAGAGCUACCCACGAGCGACCACCCCAGCGCCUGUAGUCUUUGUGUCCGCCGAGCAAGGUGGACCGGCCAAGGGGGUGGGAUCUGAACGGCGGUCCGGUGGUGGGGACUGCAGCCGUGUAGCUGAGGCUGUGGCCCACUUUGAAGCGCAGAGGGACAGCCCUCCCACCAAGGGCCUCCGCAAGGAAGAGCGGCCCUGGCCAGGCCCUGGGGAGGUGCGCAUCGCCUUCCGCAUCUCCAACGGCCGGGAGCCCCGUGCACCAGACAGCAGCCUGCCCAGUGGGGGUGGGGGCAGGCCUGGUUGUGCCCACCCUGGCAGCCCAGGUCCUGGGGCUCGAGCCAAGGACAAGAUCACAUGUGACUUAUACCAGCUCAUCAGCCCCUCGCGGGAUGCCCUCCCCAGCAACGUGGAGUUCCUGCUGGCCAGGGCGGAUGAGGCCAGCGAGGGUGACAGCCCGGCGCCCGCCAGGCCCGAGGACACUCCGCCGGCGCCCCCUCCGCCCCCUGCCCGGGACUGCGGAGCGUCAGGCUUCCACGUGGACGUGGUGGUGACGGGCGUGGUAGAUGAGUGCAUCUUCUUUGGCAAGGACGGCACCAAGAACGUGAAGGAGGAGACUGUGUGCCUGACGGUCAGCCCGGAGGAGCCGCCGCCUCCGGGCCAGCUCUUCUUUCUCCAGAACCGCGGGCCGGACGGGCCCCCGGAGCCACCCCCGGCCGACUCCCCGGCCACAGCGCCCGGCCCAGACGAUGCCGAGGGCACGGCGGACACCUCCCUGUGCCGCCUGUAUCGGCACGUGUCGCACGACUUCCUAGAGAUCCGCUUCAAGAUUCAGCGGCUGCUGGAGCCGCGACAGUACAUGCUGCUGCUGCCUGAGCACGUGCUGGUCAAGAUCUUCAGCUUCCUGCCCACGCGCGCGCUGGCCGCCCUCAAGUGCACCUGCCACCACUUCAAGGGCAUCAUCGAGGCGUUUGGCGUGCGGGCCACAGACUCGCGCUGGAGCCGAGACCCGCUCUACCGCGAUGACCCGUGCAAACAGUGCCGCAAGAGAUACGAGAAGGGCGAUGUGUCGCUCUGCCGCUGGCACCCCAAGCCCUACCACCAUGACCUGCCUUACGGACGUUCCUACUGGAUGUGCUGCCGCCGAGCCGACCGCGAGACGCCCGGCUGCCGCCUGGGCCUCCACGAUAACAACUGGGUGCUGCCCUGCAAUGGGCCGGGCGGGGGCCGGACCGGCCGGGAGGAGGGGAGGUGAAGCCGGGGGAGGGGAGGGGAGAGCCCACCACGCUCACCCCUCCCCUCUCCCCCAGGAGCCGAGGGUCCGGACUGGGCCGCCUGCCCAUUCCCCUACUCUAGGCAGCAUUGAUCCCUCACCAGAACUGCGCUGGGGUUCAGCAGGGGUGACCCAGGAAAGCACUCUGCUUGAUCCUGUUGAUUUUCUACUCUUCAGAACCAGGGCCGUGGACCCUCUGAGAAGGGUGUUUUUUUAAUCAGCAUCUCACUUUCUUCUCCAUUCAGCCCCAACCCCCUCCCUGCCAUGCUCUCCACCCCAAGGACCCACCAGCAAGGAGCAGACGGCAGCUAAUUUUGGUACCACUUAAGGGUCCCCCCAUUCUGGCCCCCAUCCUCUCCCUCGCCCCAAUUCUUUCUCGCUGGAGCUGUUAUUUCCCAAGAGGCUGUAUCGCCCAAGGUUGGCACCUCUCCUAACCUGCCACACCACAGCUCUCACCUCUCUAGGAAUUGGGGGCGUCAGGUCACAGGUAGGAUCUGGCAUUUUUUCAUGACAGUCCGCCAUUUCUAGAUGGUUUGCCUAUUAAAGAAGUGGGGGGAAAAUACUGUUUUCUCCUUAACCUCAAGCUACCAGUCUCUCCUCUUCCCCAUAGAGGAAGAGGAGGGCAGAAAACAAAAAAGCUGAAGUAUAAAAAUCCUCCUCCUCACGUUAUUAUUUAAGCUACUGCCAUCAACCCCACCCCCAUAAAGCUGUGAAGCCCUUUGCCUCGCUUUUGACAGCGUGGGGGGGCCCCGUGGGCAGGGACUUCGGAUUUGCAUUUCUGGGUUAUUUUUCCUUCCACUCUGGGCUCUCGUUCAGGCAUUGGGGUCUCCUCACCCCAGCCACAUGUUUCUUUAAGAAUCCUUUGGUCAACCAGGACCUUGAUUUUUCAGGCAUUUUGGUCUGGGGUAUUUUUGUUUGUUCUCUCUGUUUUUUUCUUUUUUUUCUUUCCAUCAUUGUGGUUCUGGAAGCUUCUAGCGUGUGGCAUCUGACCAAUUUUGAAUUGGUCCUUUCUAUAAAAUCAAUAUUUAUAAGGC